GCUUGGAAAAGAUGGCGGAGGUUUCAGAGCCUGAGCCGGCGAAGCUGUCGGAGCUUCUAGAGAAGGGAUGGCGAUUUUUAGACGAGGUAGAAGAGAGCAGCGAGCCGGCCGGAGCCUAUGAAGUCCAGGACAAAGUAAAGAGAGGAAUCGGCUCGCUGGAGCAGGCCACGCGGAUGGUCACCCAACUCGAUUUGUUCAGUCACAAUGAGGAUCUGGAAGAGAUUUCAUCCACAGAUAUCAAGUAUCUCCUCCUACCAGCGCUGCUUGGGGCCUUGACAUUGAAGCAGACGGGUCUCAGUAAGAGACAGCAACACCUGGAGGCAGCACGAUCCUAUUACCUGGACUUUCUGACAAGAUGCCAUGAAUACAAAGUGUCCAAGUUUGAACUCCCACACCAAAGUACAGGAACCAACCAAGGAGAGCAGGAACCAAUCAACAUGAUGCGCCCAACACCAGCUCCCGGCCUGACUGCUAUGGCUGUACAGAGACAGGCAAAGAUUGAGAGAUACAAACAGAAGAAGGAGCUAGAGAGCCGCCUCUCUGGCCUCCAGACGGCUGUUAGGAGCGGAUCUGCUGAUGAUGAACAAAUCAGGGAGUUUUACCUUUUACAGCUCCAGCGAUGGGUGUGCACUGCCUUGGAGGAGAUAGAAAGCAUAGACCAGGAACUGCCAAUGGUCAAGGCAAGAGAGGCCAUUAAAAAGGGAGCGGAAAUCCCCCAUCAUUCAAGGCCAACCAGGCCACCGAUGAAACCCUUCAUACUGACUCGUGAUGCUCUGCAGGCUAAAGUUUUCGGGGCAGGAUAUCCAAGUCUCCCCACUAUGACUGUGGAUGAAUGGUAUGAUCAGCACCAGAAGAAGGGAGUACUGCCUGACCAGGGAGUGUAUAACAAACCAACAGAUGAGGAACAGGAAGCCGCAUUGAAAGAAAGAAAAGUGGAGCAAGAUGACCCUGAAACUCUACAGAAAGCACGGAACUGGGAUGACUGGAAAGAUAACCACCCACGUGGCUUUGGGAACCGCAAGAACAUGGGCUGAGUCCAUGUUACAGCUUCCAUUCAUCAGGCUUCCUGUCACAUGGGACUUGGUGUACAGAGCCAUGUGCCAGAUGGGUUCAUGCAGCAAGCAAUAGUGAUUUGCCUGCCUUCACUGUUCUCUGACCCUUUUUCACCCCAUAAUUGAGAUCCUCCUGUUAAUAUUUAUUUCAUGUUUUGUUUUUUUUUUGUUUUUUUAAAUAAAUAUUUUUUUCUGUUUAAA